AUGAAGUACUUGAGUAUUGGAAGCCGUCCCGACAAGGAGAGCCUUCAUCAAAUUCUUCAAAAAGUUACAGACCUUCCGGAUCUCCACAGGUUGAAAGUGUGCCGCAGUCAACCGGUUGUCUGGAGACACGAUUGGAACUUCCAAAAUCUACUUUGUCUGGAAAUUAAAGGCGUCGGGUGCGAGCAAGGAACUUUGAAUCUUCCAAGCUUUCCUGCUCUACUAGACCUUAGGAUAUCCUUUGGCGAAGAGUUCGAAUUACCCCCUGCAAAGAAAUUUCAUGUCUACGUGGAUUUGUCUCGCCUGCCCAGUCUCUCAGCCCUCGAAAUUGAAGGGGUUCUUGAUGAAGAGAUUGAUGACCGUCUAACUUUUCGUGGCGUUACUAAGUCAUUACAAAGAUUCACGGCUAAAUACAUGAACGGUUGGCUAUUCUGGGAUAAUUGGAAAUGUAUGAAUGAGAGUCUUAAAGAUAUACGGCUUCAAACUUCACGCGAGAGCAACUGUUGUCCUACCGAGCUGAAUUUCCCACGUUUAAAGACCCUCGAACUGGAAAAUUCUGUGGACUGUCUUCCUCUUAAUAUCGGAUUGCCGGUCUUGAACCAGAUCAAUCUAAAACUGGGCCCUGCGGACUUUUACAGCCUUUCACUCCAUCUAUCAUCACCGAUUUCAGUAUUACAAAAGCUACCAAUCACCCUCAACCUCAUUCAUGAUGAAAUCUUCGACACUGAUUGGCAAACAACAUUGGACAGUGAAGAGCUAGAAACCCUCGCUCAAUUGAUAUCUCGGUCGAACGUAAGGCUCGGGGAAGAUGAGAAGCUUAUUCUGGAGAUGUUGUCACCUUGA